AUGGCUUUCAAAGAAAUAUUUACGCGCUCAGUGCUGGCGAACUAUGCACGCAGUAUUCGGGAAACUCCACGAGAGAUGAUGGUCAAUCCACGUCUGCUCAUAUCCUGCGCUGUCUACGCUUUGGCAGGCCUACCGCCAUCCUGGGACCAGGGAUCGACCUCUGUGGUGUCCUCGCUGCCAGGCUUCCAGAAGCAAUAUAAUAUUGAAUCCGGCGCAAAGGCCAGCGACGUCCAGAAUCUCAUCUCAAUCAUCUACAUCGGCUAUGCGGUCGGUGCGGCCUGCUCAUUUUUCGUCAACGAUCGAAUUGGUCGCCGAUGGUCGUUUCGUCUCUAUGCUACGAUUUGGAUCGUGGGACAGAUCAUCGCGACGUGCUCUCCGAAUCGGGCUGCACUAUACACCGCGCGAAUCAUAUCAGGCAUAGGAAUCGGCUCUCUCAGCGUCACGGGCCCGUUGUCUAUCGUUGAGAUUGCACCGGCGGAGAUCCGCGGCUUGCUCACAGCUUGGUACACGGUGGCCAUGGGCAGCGCGCUAUUCAUCGCGGUCUUUUGCGUAUAUGGCGCUUAUCUGCAUAUGCCUGCCGGUCGACUGCAGUACCAAGUGGUCUGGUUCUCGCCGGCCAUUUUCAUGGCUCUCGCUGUCCUCGCGAGCUUCUUCAUCAGCGAAUCCCCCAGGUGGCUGAUGAUGACGGGCCGACGAGACGAUGCAAUCGCGGUGUUGUCCGAGGUGCGAUGUCUGCCUUCGGACCACCCUCGCCUGCAGAAAGAGAUCAACGAUAUCGAGGAUUCGCUGCGGGGAGUGGGCGCCAGCUUUACGGAAAUCGUCAAAGAGACGUUUACCGUUCCCUCCAACCUGCGACGUCUUCAGCAAGUCUUGAUCUCAUAUGCCCUCGCUCAACUGUCAGGCGCCAACUCCGUGACAUCUUACUUUGUCCCGAUCAUGAGUAUCAUCGGCCUGGGCGGAGGAACCGAUCGCAGCAUGUUCUUGAGCGGCAUGUACUGCCUGUCCAAGUUCUUCUUCACCCUCCUCGCCUCGUUUUUCUUCAUCGAUGCCCUCGGACGGCGCCGAUCUCUAUUUAUCGGCAUAUCUGUGCAGCUGCUCUCACAUAUCUACAUUGGCGUGUUCAUCAAGUACCACCAAGAAGGUUCUGUCCCUUCUGGUGCGUCACAGGCAGCGGUGGCAGCACUCUUUUUCCAUGCUUUUGGCUACGCCAUCGGACUCUUGGUCCUUCCAUACGUCUUUGGGGGAGAGCUUUGGCCCAACCGGAUUCGUUCGUUCGGUGGCUCGGUCGGCCAAACAUUCCACUGGCUCUUCAUCUAUGCCAUCAAGUACAGUAUCCCGUCGCUUCUCAAGAACACGGAUAACUGGGGGGCGUUUCUCUUCUUCGCCGGCUGGUGCUUCCUGGGACUGGUCUAUGUGUUCUUGAUGGUGCCGGAGAUGGCGGGUCUGAGUGUCGAGGAAGUCGAUGCGCUGUUUAAAGGCCCUUGGUUCAAUGCGUACAAGCGUGUUCAGAGACAUCCAGUGAUUGACAGUAUUGAAAGUGGCGACGAUGCGUCUCUAAGGAAACAAAAGCACAACGAAGAAGCCGCGAUAAAGGAUUGA